GAAACUAUCACUAUUUGUCCAGCAGUCGAUCGAUCAACAUCAGGAACACAUAAAGAUGGUGUCGGCAAAAGUGGCGUGUAUAGUUUUAGCGUUGUUCGGGAGUGCCCUGGCUCAGCCUGCCAAAAAUGGAUUCUGGGAAGGAACGCCCAUGGACGGCAUGGUUGAAGAAAUGAGAUCUGGAUGUGUGGAAGGUUCAGACCCGACAGCUUGCAUCAAGUACAAAGUUAUGUCCCUAUUAGACAGCAUCUUCAAGAAAGAUACUUUCCAGAUCUCGGACGCUGUUGAAGUUACCAAAAACGGUGCUGGCAAUGACGUUACUGGACGAUCAAGCGGGGACUUCCUUGAUACGAUCGAGAGCUAUAUCCAAAGCCACGAUGUCACCUUCCAAAUGCCAAUUGCUGAUACCAAAAUCACUGUCAGCCCCAGAAAUAUUGAUAACGAUGAGCUGAGCCUGAACAUCAAGUUUAACAAGGAAGGAGCUCGCGCUGUUGGAGAGGCCCGCAAAGCUAAGCUCAAGAAGAUCAUUGUCCCCAUUCUGGUCUUCGUCCUCCUCAAGGCUAUGACACUCAUUCCUCUGGCUAUCGGAGUCCUCGGACUGAAGGCGUGGAACGCCCUGCAACUGUCAUUCUUCUCUUUCGUCGUGUCUGUUGCUCUGGCGAUCUUCCAACUAUGCAAGAAGUUUACCCAGAUUGCUGCUGACAACACACAUCCUCAAAUCGCUGCUCACGGUCCGUGGGACGCAGCUUAUGCCGCCACUCGCCGCAGAAGAGACGCUGUUCCCCAAGAAGAUGCUGAAGAACUCGCUUACAAUGCUUACCAAUAAACCCUUCAUGUAAUAGGAACUCGACAACCCUGAUACCUCGAUAAGGCUAGCCUAACCAUCUGACCAAGCGUAAAUAAACAGAACCAAACCAAAAAAGUUUAUGAAACCAUGAGUGUAAAUACUGUGUAAUAUUUAUUUAUUUUUGGGUGUGUGACUGUGACUGAAUGUGUGAUAGUAUUUAUUUUUAAUAAAUGAUUGAACUGA